AGGUGCAGGAACUAAGGAGCUUGAGGAUAGAGAAAUUAAAGAGCUAGAGGCACUCACUUAUAAGAAGACAGAUGAGGCUACCGGAUACAAGAGAGAAAGAAGUCCAGAUUUUUACUUCAAACUUGUGAAGACAAUAUGUGUCUUCUUAAGCUGGAUUGCAAUGGGUAUCCAUUUCAGGGCAUGUACCUGGAGAUAGUAGGACCAACACUACAGGACUUAAAAUACAGGGUGAACAGUAAUUAUGAAGAAAUAGCUCGAGCUUUGUUUGCUAGAAGUGUAGGUUUUUUCAUUGGAUCUCUGGCAGGAGGUUUUCUAUGUGACAGAUAUCGAGAUAAACUGGAUAUUUUCCUAGCAAGUUCAUUUAUCCUUUCUGGCGUAGGGACAUGUAUAGCACCAUGGUGUAGUGCUUUAUGGUUGCUAGGGUGCAUGUUUCAUCUCCAAGGUCUAGGCCAGGGUUGCUUAGGAACAAUUGGUCAAGCCCUUGUGAUCAAUAUGUGGGGUGAGUCAUCUGGGCCUCCUGUGCAUUCCCUACACUUCGCUUUUGGCAUUGGAGCCACAAUCGUACCACAGAUCGUGAGACCAUUUCUCUCAUCAACACCAGAGAGCAUUGAUUAUAACACAACUGUAACAGUGAAUUCUACAAUGGUAAUACCAACAUGGAAUUCUACAAUGGUAAUACCCACAUGGAAUUCUACAAUGGUAAUACCCACAGGGAAUUUCACAGUUAAUGAUGCCAGAAUUGAGGUGCCCUACUCCAUUGUUGGGAUUGUGACUAUAAUAUUUUCCUUUAUUUUUAUGGGAUAUUAUUUUGUAUCUCGAAAGCGUUCAAAUACAGAGUAUGACCUUGAUCAUGAAGGUCAAGAUGAAAAGUCAACAACAUUAAGAGAAAUAGAUGAAAAGUCAACAACAUUAAGAGAAAUGUUCUCAACAGAGAAGUGCACGCAAGGUCACAAAGCCUUUGGAAUUCAAAUGCUCUUUUUGAUUUUCUUGUUUUCUGGUAUAGCAAUAGGUGGGGAACGUGUUUAUGGGAAAUUUGUAUUUUCAUAUGCUACAGAUACGAAAAUGGCAACAAAAAGUGAAGCAACUGUCAUUGAGACAAUUUUUUGGUCGAGCUUUAUGGUUGGACGAGGAUUGGCGAUAAUUGUCGCAAAGUUUUGCCCACCCAAAUUGAUGCUGUUGAUUGAGAUUAUUGCAAAUGUAGUGGUAGGGGUGGUGCUCAAUAUUUGGGGUAACACAAAUAUAACCAUUUUGUGGGUGUUUACUGGUGCAUUUGGAAUUGUCAAUGCGCCUGUUUUCCCAUCCGGCAUUGCCUGGGUGAAUCUUUACUUGGAGCAAACAGGUUUGGUAACAGCAAUGACAUUUGUUGGUCAAAGCGUAGGAGGGAUGGUUUUUCAAUGGUUAACAGGGUAUUUGUUUGAGUAUUAUGGUCCAUUGAGCUUUCUGUAUACCAUAUUAGGGUAUACUAUUGCACUGGCUGCGGUCUCUAUUAUUAUGGGCUUGUUGACAUUCAGAAGGAAAGACAGGUUUCAACACAUCAAAGAAGAAUCAAGUAAAUAAAUGAAUCACAGCAAAUAUGUAGCUGAGGUAAAAAUCAGGUGAGGCAAAUUUAAAUAGGUGAGGCAAAUUUAAGCUGAAUGAAGUAUGUUUCUAAUUUUGAAUCGGAUUACCCCCGGUAAUUCAAUUCUGUUUGAAAAAAUGUCUGAAUAUGUUUUUUAAAGCUUUGGUGAGUCAAAUGUAAAUGGGUGAAGCAAAGUUAAGCUGAAUGAGGUGCAUUUCUACUUUUGGAUUGGCCUUCAUUACAACGAUUCUGUUCAAAAUGUCUCAAUAUGUUUCUAUGUAGAUUUAGUGAGGCUUUUGCCUCAACUACCUCAUGCCUUGCUAGCAUGAUAUGCCCUUCUUGCAGCAUUUACAUGGUCUUUGCAUGUUUUGCAAUGAAAUAAUACAAAUACUUUAUAUACAAUAUGUAAUUUAUUUACAUCAUAGACUUAGAUUUU